AUGCUUGACCGUUCCUCCAAAUACCAUGACUAUCACGUGAUGAAAUGUGACGUCAGCAAGCCUCAAGGAUGGUACAGAUUCACUGGCCAAUCAGGAACUCGCAUGACAACAGCCUGUGUCAAGAAACAUCACUGUGGCACACAGUAUCCUGGAUGGCUGCGUGGUGAUCAUCCCUCCAUCCAAGACGGUAACGUGACAAGGACAGUGUGUUUUACAAAAGAUGGCAAUUGCUGUUACUGGUCCGUAAACGUAACCAUACGUAACUGUAGUGGAUUUUACGUUUAUGGGAUCAGUGAAGUACCAGAUCAGUGCCCUUUUAGAUUUUGUGGGAACGGGAUGAAAGACGUGGACUGUGCGGACCGACAAGGUAACACUUACUCCAACGGCGAGAUAUGGUAUCCAAACGAACUCCAACAAUGCACUUGCAACAAUGGUAAUGUCACGUGCAAGACAAACACUACUGGAUGCUGGGAUCGUUUGGGCAUUGCUCGCACAACUCGUGACGUAUGGUUUGAGGACGAUGGACGAUCUGUUUGCCGCUGUAGUUUGUUUGGGAAGCCAACUUGUAAAGAAUACCAUUCUCAAGUUUGUCUUAGUGAUGAUAAAAUAGUUCAUACCCAAAGCAGUCAAUGGUUUAUGUCCAACUGUACUAACUGUACUUGUAACAAGGGAAAGAUCUCAUGUACACAACACAACAUUAAGGCUUUCUAUGGUCGCUUCGUGGUGAAAGCUAAGACUUGCUAUCUUGACUCUGAGCCACGUUGUAAAAUUUCCAAUGAAACUACACGCGAUUGCAACGUUUAUUUCAAGUCAACGGCGUCACAGUAUUUCUACUGUGAAAAACAUGACGAAGUUGUCAGAGUCAAACAUCUUUGCAACAGCGUCCAAGAAUGCACCGACGGUUCUGACGAGAAAAACUGCAAAAACAAAAAAUACACCGGAAAGGAUCCCGAAAUAUGUCACGCAAAAUUCUGUAACGUCACAAAUUUUAUUAAUACGAAGUCACGCAUUUGUGAAGCAAUUGAGUUUCGACCACAGAUUGAUUCCUUAAAAAUUGCUGGUGAAACCUGGGAAUACAAGAACUGCUCGUUCGUAUUUAGUGGUGCUAAGAGAUCAAGAAAAUGCCCAUUGUUCAUGAUCAGCCCCCAUUGUUAUGUGUAUAAUGGUGGAAUAUGUUGUGCGAAGCGUUGCCAAGCUUUAUCUGAAAUAGCCAACGAGCUUCGUCAAGAUCCUGGAUUUCACAAUUGUUCCGUCGACAAUAUGAUAGUUACUAAGAAUGAUGUUGUUGGCGACAAAUUUGCAUGCCAAGAAAAUGUCCGAACAUUUUUGAAUAAAGGAAUUGCUAACAGGCAGCCGUCUAUUCAAGGGUCAGCCUAUAGCGAAACAUGCAGUCAGCCUUAUUGCCGCAGAGUGUGGGAAUUUAUGCAGCUUAAAGAAGAGGAUUGUACAGUGUGCCGGUUCGACAAGUUUUAUCAAAGCCCAUCGCAGUGGAUGUUGGGAGAUAUUCCUUUCUAUUGUAGCAAUACUCGCUUUAAUGGUGGCUGCUACAUUGCAAGUGCUCCAAAAAGCUUCAUCCAAUGCACGGGGAGUUAUCCAGAUAUUCGGAAUACAACUAUCUUUUCAAGCUCUCGACACUUCAUGUGUCAAAGCGGAGAUCAGGUCAUCCAUAAGGAUUUGGUUUGCAAUAUGCGGAAAGAAUGUUAUGACGGUUCGGACGAAGUGUUAUGUACAAGCUACCAUUGCACAAACAUGCGCAAAGGACACGAUUUCUGGGCUUGGCCACCGAUAGGUACAGAGAUGUCGAAGAACUGUUCUGAUAUAAAUCCAGCAUGGACAGGAAACUUUAGAGCAAAAUGCUUUAUAAACAACCGAGUGAAAAUUACUCAAUGGGACGAUGAAUGCACUUGUGAAGACAAGACGCUAGUAGAGCACUAUACUAGAAGGAUCAAGGAAGCAAAUGUAUCGACAGAUCUGCAAAAUAUUCUAGAAGACAUCAUCACCAACUCAAGCACAUUUUCCAAUAGAGGAAUUCUCUUGGGAUUUUUGGAGCAAAUUCUUCAAAAAGCCAUGUCACAAUUUGAACGUCCUAUCACGUGGGCAAACGAUAAUGAAAACGGGUUGUUUGCUGAGAAAUCAGACUCAAAGCUUUCAAAACCAAACAUCACUGGAGACAUCAAUAAACUGCUCGGAUCAUUCAUCUCAGGUUUUUUGAAGCAUUUCAGCUUGAAAAGGCUCAAAGAAAAAAUCUACGUUCACAAGAACCUGAUGGCAUCGCUAUGUAUGGCAAAUAUAGUCUACAUGAUAGAUGUGACAUUUACAAGUAGAAAUACAUAUACGGACAUAUGCACGGGCAUAGCUGUGACACAACACUACUUCCACACAGCGGUCUUCACAUGGAUGUCAGCUGAAGCUCUUAAUUUGUAUUUCAUGAUCGUGAAAGUGUUCGCGGUGGAUAAACAAAACAUCAUUGCGUAUUCCAUCAUUGGUUGGGGAAUUCCCUUGAUAGUGGUUGGCGUCACCGCUGCCGUCACACCUUCUACCUACGAUAUGGCCGUCACGCAAGAAGACAUCUACUGUGGAGUUCUGAAGUAUGAAAUGAAGCUGGAAAGAAACUUUUGUUGGCUGAACGAUGGCUUCUGGAUUUACAAUGGACCUAUAUUGGUAGUUUUGCUGGUCAAUCUGGUUCUAUUUUUUGUCUUUCUUCGAGUUAUUUUCAGCAAGAUCUCACAACGAUUUGCACAUGACAAUCUACAGAAAGCCAAGCGAGGAAUCAAGGGCGUUUUUGCGUUGUUCCCUUUGCUUGGUAUUACAUGGCUUCUUGGAUUUCUGGUCUCAUUUCACUGGGUUCUUACUUACAUCUUCAUCAUUGUCAACUCCUCUCAAGGAAUCCUAUUACCAGUGUUUCACUGCUUCCUUGAUGAUCAGGUCAGAGAAGCAUUAGCGCGUAUCCGACAGAAAAGAAACAUUGCCAACAUGGUCAUUGACGAACAAAAAGACAAAAAAGCCAAAAUCAACAAGAAAACUGACCAAGCCAAUAGCAAUGAUGGCUUUGAUUCGUGUAAAGCUGAGAUCGCAAACAAAGCAGAAGUUCGUGAGGAAGGCCAUGGUACCAAGGCGAUGGUACCAACUGCUACCAUUGAAGAAACUAGAUUGUAACAACUGUAUU